UGAUGCUGAGACGACAGGAAGUCUGUGUUUAUCAGUGCGGCGAUCUCGUGGGGUCAGAUCGCUAUAAAUCAAGCUGAUGUCAGAGCAGUCUCACAGACACUGGAUAGAACAACAUGAAGCUCGGAGCUCUGCUGGUGCUGUGUGCAGCCGUGUCCUCCGGCGCCACGGAGUCCGAGACGCCGGCCGCCGCUCCCUGUGCCUUCGCGCUGGUGCCGCCCACAGACUUUGUCUCCCUGACCAAGGAAAGCGGGAGCAUCCACAACCGAUCCCUGUCGCCGUGGAGAUGGAGGUCGUCUAAGGUGAGGAACCGGAUCCCGGCCACCAUCUGGGAGGCAGAGUGCACCAGCAGCGUGUGUUCCAGUCCAUUCCCUGGACACCAAGGUGGACAGUACCUGAACUCGGUCCCGGUCUAUCAGACGGUCCUGGUCCUGACCCGGCAGGAGAGGGGGUCUUGCUACGUAGCCUCGUACAAGUCUGUGGCAGUGGGCUGCACCUGCGUGUUGGCCAGAUACAACUAG